CCAAUCCGGCUUCUGCUCCAGGAAUGGGGGGGAAGGUAUCCCCCUCCCAAACUGCCUGCUUUUCCCGGAUGUGGAGCUUCCACUCCGGAUUGCUGCUCUGCCCCAUAGCUAUAGGGGGGCGCGCUUUCGGACCCCCCCCUGUGGAUGUUGGAGGAAAGGAAAGGAGAAUCGGGAGCGAGGACAAAGAGGCAAUGUCAGAGUGACUGACAAGCUGAGAUACAACCUAUCAGCAUCUGAUGACAGCCAUUGCACGAAUCUUCCCAGUCAAAGGACCCAUUUUCAUGAUAGACAGUGCCUGUGGCUGGAGGCUCUACACACCGGGUGUGCCUGUGCAGGCCAAAGACUGUCAGUAUUAGCACAGGGCCUGCCUUCACCUGCAGCAGAAUUCCCCAACCCACCAAGGAUUUGAGACCCAUCAGCUAUCCUCACCUGGUUUUGCCGGCCGGUGAGCCAUUCCUGGGAUUGUGGCCCCUGAUUCAUCCUGACAGCUUCUAGAAGCCACAGGAUUUCCUUUCCUCCCACUCUGAAGAUGGUGAUGGAGAAGAACGUCAGAAUUCUGGAGAAUGGGGCACCUUUGGUUUUAUUAGGAAUAGCCAUUGAAAUGUGUGAAAUGUGGAAUAUGCUUCACUGAAUGAGCACACAUAGUUCACAUCAAUGAACUCAAACGGGGGAGAAACCAAUUAAAGGUAUGGAGAGUGGAAAGAGUUUAACUGACAGUGGAAAACAUAGAACACAUCAGCGGACUCACAUGGGCAAGAAAGGAUUCAGGAAGUGUAGGAAGAACUUCAGUCAGAGUAGACAACUAAAAUUACACGAAUGGACUCACACGGGUGAAAAACCAUAUGAAUGUCUGGAGUGUAGAAAGAGCUUUAGUGAUAGUGGAAGCCUUAGAAAACAUCAACGGACUCACACUGGGGAGAAACCAUUUAAAUGCAUGGAGUGCGGAAAGAACUUCAGUCAGAAUGGAAACCUUAAAUUACACGAACGGACUCACACGGGUGAAAAACCAUAUGAAUGUAUGGAGUGUGGGAAGAGCUUCAAUCAGAGUGGAAGCCUUAAAUUACACGAACGGACUCACCUGGAUGAAAAACCAUAUGAAUGCAAGGAGUGUGGGAAGAGCUUCAGACAGAAUGGAAACCUUAAAUUACACCAACGGACUCAUACAGGUGAAAAACCAUAUGAAUGUAUGGAGUGUGGGAAGAACUUCAGUCAGAGGGGACACCUUAAAUUACACGAACGGACUCACAAAAGGGAGAAACCUUUUAAAUGUAUGGAGUGUGGAAAGAGCUUCCGUCGAAGAGAUACACUUAGAAUACAUCAGGGGACUCACACAGGGGAGAAACUAUUUACAUGUACGGAAUGUGGGAUGGCCUUCAGUCAAAUUGGAAACCUCAAUAAACAUCAACAGAGGCAUUCAGGGGAGAAACCAUUUAAAUGUAUGGAGUGUGGAAAGAGCUUCAGUCAGGGUGGAGCUCUAAGUAUACAUCAACGAACUCACACAGGGGAGAAACCAUAUAAAUGUGUGCAGUGUGGGAAGUGCUUCACUUAUGAUGCAAGCCUUAGAUCACAUCAACGGACUCACACAGGGGAGAAACCAUAUAAAUGUGUGGAGUGUGGGAAGUGCUUCAGUUUCAGUGCAAGCCUUAGAUUACAUCAACGGACUCACACAGGGGAGAAACCACAUGAAUGUAUGGAGUGUGGAAAGAGCUUCAGUCGGAUUGGAAGCCUUAGAAUACAUCAACGGACUCACACAGGGGAGAAACCAUUUAAAUGUAUGGAGUGUGGAAAGAGCUUUAGUGAGAGUGGAACCCUUAGAAUGCACAAACGGACACAUACAGGGGAAAAACCAUAUAAAUGCAUGGUGUGCGGAACAAGCUUUAGUGAUCGUGGAAGCCUUACGAAACAUCAAAAUAUUCACACAGGGGAGAAACCAUUUAAAUGUAUGGAGUGUGGAAAGGACUUCAGGUUCAAUACAAACCUUAGAAAACAUCAACUGACUCACACAGGGAAGAAACCAUUUAAAUGCAUGGAGUGUGGAAAGGACUUCAGUCAGAGUUCACACCUUAGAAAUCAUCAACUGACUCACACAGGGGAGAAACCAUUUAAAUGUAUGGAGUGUGGAAAGAGCUUCAGGCAGAUUGGAAACCUUAGAAUACAUCAACGGACUCAUACAGGGGAGAAACCAUUUAAAUGUAUGGAGUGUGGAAAGAGCUUCAGUUGCAAUCCUGCACUUAGAUCACAUCAACGGACUCACACAGGCGAGGGGAAACCAUUUAAAUGCAUGGAGUGCGGAAAGAGCUUCAGUUACACAUCUACCCUUAAAACACAUCAGCUGAUUCACACAGGGGUGAAACCAUUUAAAUGUAUGGAAUGUGGAAAGAGCUUCAAUCAGAAUGGAAGCCUUAAAUUACACCAACGGACUCACACAAAGGAGAAACAAUUUAAAUGCAUGGAGUGCGGAAAGAGCUUCAGUUACACAUCUACCCUUAGAACACAUCAACGGACUCACACAGGCAAGGGGGAAACCAUUUAAAGGUGUGGUUUACAGAAAAUGCUUCAGUCAGAGUGGAAAUCUUAGAAAACAUCAGCAGACCCACAUGGGAGAAACCAUUUAAAUGUAUGACAUGUGGAAGGAGCUUCAGUCAGAGUGGAAUCCUUGAUUUACAUCAACAAACUCCCACAAGAGACAAACCAUAUAAACGUCAGGAAAGUAUAUUGAGGUUCAGUCCUAGUGGAAGUCCUACAUCUACAGACUCAUGGACAGGAAGAACUUUAACAGUUGACCCCCUACAAACCCAUCAACCCUCAAAGAGGAGAAGCUGUUUAAAGGGAAAGAUUGCAGAAAGUGCUUUAGUUAUAAUGGAGUGUUUAAGGAACAUCUAGGGACUCAGAGGGGAGAACCCAUUUAGAUGUAUGGAGUGAGGAACAUGUUCCUUUCAGAGUCCAUUCUUCUGUUCACAGCAAUGAACUCAGCAGGAAAUCCAUCUUAAAAGCAUGUCAUGUAUUUGAGGUUCUGCUCUUUAUAUGUAAAACUGUAUAGUAAUGAAAUAAUGAAGGUAACGUCUCACUCUAGUGAGUAUAAUUUUAGAUGUAAGGUACCUUUUGAUAGUGAGGGGGAGUUGGUGAAUCUGGAUUUCUGGGAUGCUCAUUUGCCUGGAAGCAGCUGGCAGAAAGCUUUCCUUCGUGAAGCCCCUGCAGAUGCCGAGUUGCUGACUUCCCUCCCA